AUGUCCGAAUCAUCAUCACCAUCACGAACAAAGGUCGCCUUGACAGUGUUGUUCCAUUCAAGCUGCGCUGUAUCAGUGACCUUGAUCUCCAAGUCUGCACUCAAUGGCAUCGAGGCACCUGUUACUCUGCUUGCACUGCAAACUUUCGUACAAGUCGUGCUUCUGACCCUCGUGGGAAAGCCACUUGGAUGGAUUAAGUUCAGUCGUCCUCUUUCUGCUUGGAAGGGAUUAAUACCUUUGAUGCUCGCACGUCUUAUCGGCAUUCUUGCAAAGACCUUCUGCUUGGCUAGCGUCGAUGCUUCUCUAUACCAAAUCGCACGAGGUCUACUUCUACCAUUCACUCUGCUCCUGUCCCACUUCUUCCUCCACCCUCCGCCAUACAACCCACCUCUUUCCUUGUUUGGAUGUGGAAUGAUUAUGAUGGGCUUCGCAACCGGCAUGAUUACAGACUUGGGCGCAAUGCUCACGAGUAUCAAGGGUCUCUUGCUGGGUGUCGGCUCCAGCUUCACCACUGCUGUUGAGAGUGUCGUAGUCAAGCGCUUCCUCACAAAAGGCGACGAAGGAAUGUGGCAGAUGGUAUGGAUGACGAACUGCAUGGCGUUGGCCUGCUACUUCCCUCUCUUCAUCAUCUCCGGCGAGUACGCAGUCUUCUCUGGUCUCUACAACAGCGCAAUGGAUCUCGAAAUCGCCAAUGCUGUUGCUGCCGCCGAAGCUUCUGGACAACUCCACGCUUUCUUGUACACCGCUGCCGCCACAGGUGCUGCAAGUUUCCUCUUGACUUUGGCAACCUUCCUGCAGAUCUCAGUCACCAGUCCAACAACACACAUGAUUGUCACAGCCGCGCGUGGUGUCGCCCAAAGCGCUCUUGCCGUGCUGAUUCUUCACGAAACUGUCACUAUUGGCAGAGUUUGGGCCAUGGUCUGCAUCCUGGGUGGUAGUGCAGUGUAUGCAUGGGGUAAAGAUAGAAUUAAGCAACGCGCUGAGAAGGCCGAUGGCAGAGGUAUGUACGAGAAGUUGGGCGAGAUGGAAGCCAGAGAAUCAGAGGAGGACGUUGAGCUGAGGAAAGUCUAG